UUGUUCCCAAAACAAAACACGCACUCGUUGUUUCCACCAAAACCUUCUCCACCGCCGAAAACCCUAAACCCCUCUCCACCGCCGCCGCCUCUCGUCAUGGCCCUCUUCGCCGCCGCCCGCCGCGCCGCCACCUGCUCCCUCCCCCUCCUCCGUGCGUCCACGGCAUCGCGCGGCGCCGCGUCACUGCUCCGCCCCCUGGCUGCCGCGGCGGCGCGGCCGAUGCCCUUCUCGUCGGCGACCGCGAUGAAGCCUAGCUCCGACGACGAGCUCCUCCGCGUCAUCAAGUCCGAGAUAAAAUUCGCCGAGGACUGCGACGACCACGACCGGGUUGAGGAGAUCCCAGAGAACUUUCCUUUCAAAAUCACGGACAAGAAGGGCCUCAAUGAGAUCACUCUAACAAGAACUUACCAGGGAGAGAAGAUCGAGGUGUUGGUCUCCAUGCCCAGCCUAGUCACCGGAGACGAGGCAGAGCAUGACCAGGAUGAGGAUGACAAAGAGAAAGACGAUGAUCAGGAAGAUGGCGAGAAGGCCCCAAAGUCCACCAUCCCCCUCACGGUCACCGUCUCCAAGAGCGAUGGCCCAAGCCUCGAGUUCACCUGCACUGCCUACCCCGACGAGAUCUUGAUUGACACCUUGUCUGUGAAGCAGCCAGCAGCGAACGAGGAUGAGGAGCUCAUUGCGUACGAGGGCCCUGAUUUCAACGACCUUGAUGAGAACCUGCAGAGGGCGUUCCACAAGUACCUGGAGCUGAGGGGGAUCACGCCCUUGACCACCAACUUCCUGCAUGAGUACAUGAUCAACAAGGACAGCCGCGAGUACCUCUUCUGGCUGAACAAGCUCAAGGACUUCGUCAAGCAGUAGAGAUAGUUAGAACCCCUAGCAUAAGAUGGGCCAAUGAUGCUUUGAACAUUCCUUUUGAGACCUACGAGCCUCUGGACUAUGUUCUAGAGAGUAUUCAUGCACCAGUGUGUGCUUAUCAAUUUAUCCUAGCGUGAUGUUAUUAGGAUUUAGAGGUUCAUAGAGAAUACUUUGCUGAGUGGUAUGCUAUUUUUUCAAGAAAAUAAUUAUCCUCCACGAA